AUGCACAAUCACGAUCUUUAUUACUAUUCUACUGACCAUAUAUUCACUCCAGAAACUACUCCAGAACCGGUUUCUUCGAGCAAUCCCAUUGACAAGCCAGACGUAUUAGACAUAGAUUACAUCGUUCACCUUCAACUGAGCUCUUUUACAGACCUUCAUUGCCUCUUGGAAACAUCUACAACCCGUCUUUCUCAAUCAUCCAACCAAAAACAUUACACCAGAAAUGACAAUACAACCCAAUCUCACUACGACACAGACCAAAAUCGUGAGCACAAACACCUUUGUCUAAAAGCAUCCAAGAUGGACUUGCUUCGCCUCAAAAACAUUGAACAAGCUAUCCCAGCUUCCAUUAGAAAUACUAUUGAGAGCUCCCACAUGUUAGAUGUGCUAAUGAGCCGUGCAGUGUCACACUGGUGCUGCAUCGGAUUCAAGGUUGCUCCGAUUCGACUGGAACUUAUCCGAGAUUGGCAUAAUGCACCUCUUCCCAUUGUCUACUCUAUUGCUGCUAUAAGCCUCGUUACCUUUAUUGAUCAUAGUCAACAAAAAAACUACGCCAACAAGAAUGCAAAGAGGAAUGCGUCACUAUUCGCAAAAGGUGCUGCCAUGGUAUUCUAUCAAAAGGCUAGACAACAUAUGGAAGACGUUCUGUUUGAAGACGAGCUUGAGCCAAGUGUACUACAAUCCUACUUUUGCUUGAGUUACAUAUCUAAUCUCCUGCGUCUUCCCGAUCAGCAGCGUGCCUGGGCUAGCCUAGCAAGUAUAGGACUCCUUCAGAGUGCCAAUGCAAUCAAGGCUGGGAAAGAAAUAGAUGAACUGACAAUGCUGUGUUGGUAUCGCUGGUAUUACAUUGAUGCCUGGGUGAGCUUAUCUCGCAACAUUGUGUGCCUCCUUCCAGACGAUAUUCCACUUCCUCGCCUCAAGGAGACUAAAGAUACAUCUUAUUCAGGGAUUCAGUGCAACCCCUCUCUGCCCACUGGAGAUGCAGAAAGGGCUUUUGAUCGGCUUAACUUGUAUCAGUUCAGUGCCAUGUCGCGUUACAUGCGCCGCUUUAUUCGGGCGAUUCAUUCUGGUGAUUUGUUUGACAUUUCGAACGACGGUGAGGAUAGGGACAACGCCUACAUUUCUCCAUCACCUCUCUAUUACGAAUUAGCCAGCCAGCUGCAAACUUGGUACGAUCUUCAGCCGCAUGCUUCUCAACUGAGACCACCGUUCAAAGAAAUUCAGAACUCUCCUAGCUCUGCCUUCAAUCCUCGCAUUGAUAUACAUCUUUAUUUGUGCUACCACUCCAUGCGGCUUGUCCUCCUCUUCCAGUUCCUUCACCCAAGACAUCCACCAUCUCUUCAUAUCAUCCUUGAUUCGCUUGAAACAAACAUCAUCCUGCUUCAAGCUCUUCAGCAUCUACACGCGGUUGGCUGUGACCAAAGCACAUACCAUGUCAUGUUUUUUGCCAUCCACAAUGCGGCAAAACGUGUUUUCUUGUAUGCCCAGGCGAACACUGAGCUGCGGUUCUUAUUGUCCUAUGCAAGAGAACAACUUCAGAUGAACCUUACUAUCCUGUUGGGAACACAGUCAUUUGAAAACGAUAUUUUCAUGCUCCAACUCUACGCAGAGAAGAUUGAGCAUGAUCUACAGGAAAUUGGUAUCACAAUGGAAGCCUGGGAGGCUCCAAAAAACAAUUCGCUUCCGGGAACCUUUGUUUUCCGGCUUAAUUCUCAGGCCAAAAAAAUGGCACAACAUUUGAAUGGAAAUAGUACAUUUGGGUCUGAUAUAAACAACCAAAAAAAGAGUCUGGUUGCGAAACGUCAAUCAGCCUAUGGCUAUUGCUUCCUAAUAACUAAUAAUAUCAUCACCCUUCUGAAACUGAGUAUAAUUAUCUUCCAAAUCUCACUAAAUCCUGUGCUUAAUAAAGAAAUAAAAUUUGAGCAAGACCUGUCAACGUUAACUAUUCAAGUUAAAGAAGAAGAAGAAGAAGAAAGUCAUAUUGGCAUCUUAAGGAAAUGUAACACAAGUUUAGUUUACUCUCAGCUUUUAUCUGCUAUUUCGUUGAGCUUUAGGACACCUAAGAAGGGCCUAGGCGCGGGUAUAUACGCAUGCAUAUAUUUGGAUACACUGACAUGGUUGGAGGAAGUAUAG